UGAUGUUUCUUGACAGCUUUGGAAUUGAAAAUCAAGUUGUGAGAAGAUAACCUAAAUUACUCUAUUAUUUAUUUCAAUAAAUGGUUGUUACAUAAAACUUUAACCAAAAUGCUCGCCGUCAGUAGACAUCGAGCAUUUUCUAAAAUAAAACAAAUAACAAUACGCAGGUAUGCCCAAGUGGCCUUAUCUGACGAAAAUGAAUAUACAGAGACACCGAAUUAUCCUCCAAUCCAGGAUAUGUCUCUACAAGCAAGAAAGUUACGUGACAGAGAAACGAUUUAUGAAAACAUAAAAAAUAUCAACACUGUUGAGGAGAAACAAAUCGGAUUAAACAUGCCUAAAUAUUAUGGUUGGCCCUGUGUUAUGUUGAAUGAAAAUGUCAUACCAUACAACGCAAUGCCACUUGUUCAGUAUUAUACGAGAACUUAUUUUAAGCUUAUCGACAAACUACCUGAUAUUUACAAUGAAACUUCAGACUUAGCAGAUUCUAUUGUCAAAGAAAUAAAAUCCCAUAUUGAAGAUUGUAUUUUAAUUGAGAAUGAAGGUGUUCAAAGGAAUAUUAACUUAUCAACAGCAAUAUCUGAAGAACAACAAAAAGAAGAUGCCCUAGCCAAAAAUGUAGUACGACAAAUAAAUAGAAUCAUCACAAAUAAUAUCACAGAUAAGGUGCCUCAUAUAUUGUCAUCACAGGUUGAUUAUGACCCAAGAGUAGAGGCAUUCUGGUUCAUGGGAGGAACUGAUGUGCCACAAAAAGUUGUUAACUAUAGGUACAAGUUUCCUUGGCUCAAAAAGAGAUUACAUGAACCUAUUGACAGACCAAUUCAAUACAUAGGGUCACCAAUUUUAACACUCAGAAAUCAUUUACCAUUGAAGCCUUUGGUCCCUUAUAGUGAAGUAGAGAAUCCAAAGUUUAAAGUUGCGAAAUUCAAGCAUGUCCCCGAAAGUGUGGGAUACUUCGUAGAAUUUCGACAUGGUACAAAUAUACCAGGAUAUUGGCCAGGUGAUCUUGAUGAAUUUGGUUUGCUUUCAUACCACAAUAGAGGACACAUUUUAUGCAGAAAACAAUCCUAUGGGCCACAAGACAACUUAGAAGCAUUACAUUGCCAAGCAAUGAAAGCCAGCUUUGGUUGGCUACUUGGCCAAGCCAAUUACCAAGGAUUUACAAGUUAUAAUGACAUGACUUAUCCAUUAACUACUCAAACAGUUAUCACUAAUGGUCAUCUUAUAUCUUUGUAUGCAUACCAAUUAAACACAAUUGCCAUGAAUAUUGAUAAAGUUGAUAACAAUCUAAAACACAAUAUUUGUUUUGGAACACAACCUAUGAAACUAUAUGAGAAAAUUGAAGAUGGUAAAGUGCAUGACCUUAAUGAGGAUACUCUGAAAAUGUUAGUACAAUUUUAUUUAAAUGCUCCAGAAGAAAGAGAACAUGAAAUGAAGCCAUAUUUAGGAAAGGAGGAGCAAUUGGUUUCUGAUAUUGAAGAUGAUAAUAAACGAUGUUGGCUAGAAGCACGAUAUAAACAUUUAAUGUCCAACCGGCCUAGGCAUAAUUUACUACCAGAAAUUUAUCAUUGGGAGAAGAUAUAUAAAAUCCAACAUCAAACUCGUUUCUUUGAGGCAAAGAGAAGACCGUUUGAAUUUGGUAUCAGUCCAUAUAAGAGACGUUUAGAUGAGCAUCUUCCCACAUAUAUUCCUAAAGUUCUAAGGCCGUAUCCUAAAGCUAGGAAGAAGUUCGAAACAACAUACUAUCCUAAGGUAUAAGAUUAAUCGUGUUUUCUUGAAUGUUGAUAUUUUACAAUAAAUAAACAUAGAUCUAGAAA